ACAUGGCGGCGGCGGUAGAGAAGUCAACGAAGGAGCGGCUUCUGUCUGUUUUGGAUGAUUUGGAGGUUUUAUCCCGGGAGCUGAUCGAAAUGUUGGCUCUGUCCCGGAGUCAAAAACUGCCCCAACCGGGAGAGGACACCCAGAUCCUGGAGCUGCUGGUGCAGAGGGACCGGGAGUUUCAGGAGCUGAUGGAGGUGGCGCAGCAGCAGGGGAAGGUGCACCAGGAGAUGCAGCUGCUGGAGAAAGAGGUGGAGAAGAGAGACAGCGACAUCCAGCAGCUGCAGAAACAGCUCAAAGAGGCCGAACACAUCCUGGCGACAGCUGUUUACCAGGCGAAGGAGAAACUCAAAUCCAUCGAGAAAGCGAGGAAAGGAAGCAUCUCUUCAGAGGAAAUCAUCAAGUACGCUCACAGGAUCAGCGCCAGUAACGCCGUGUGCGCGCCGCUCAACUGGGUCCCAGGUGAUCCGCGCAGACCGUACCCGACCGACCUGGAGAUGCGCAGCGGGAUGUUGGGUCACAUGGCCAACCUGCCGACCAACGGCGUGAACGGACACCUGCCGGGCGACGCUCUGGCUGCGGGGAGGCUUCCGGACGUCCUGACUCCUCACUACCCGUGGCAGUCCUCAGACGUCUCUGUGGGGAUGCUGCCUCCUCACCACGGCAACGACUUCGGCCUGGAGCCUCCGGGUCACAACAAGGAGAACGAGGACGACGUGGAGGCCAUGUCGACGGACUCGUCCAGCAGCAGCAGCGACUCCGACUGAAAGACUCAGAGUGUGUGUGUGUGUGUGUGUGUGUGUGUGUGUGUGUGUGAGAGGUCACCACUGAGCAGCUUUUCAUCAGAUAUCUGCACCUUUGGCUCCUAAAACAAACAGGGGGACUUUGCGUCUUUGUUUGCAGUUUAAACAAACUGUACGCCAAAAAUAACAAAUAAAACUGCUGAAGAUGAACUGACUUCUACAUGAAGAGAUAAUUACGGUUAAAAUCCCUCUGAACUCAAAGACUGGAGCUGAAAGAGAAAACAAACCCAAACUGUGACCCGUGUUGCUCUUUGGUGACCCGUGUUUGAAACUACAAGUGUGACUCGUCGUCAGUAGCAGUGUGAUCCACGUUUACUUUAAUUUGGUAAAUAACCACGUGGACAGAUGCUGUUAAUGUACCUCUGUGUAAAUAAAGUUGUACAUACUCAGCCCUGUAAAUAAAUACCUUUUUGGAUAGAA